AUGGGAGAAGGAGACAUCGAAUACAAGUUCAUAUGGGAAGACGGCACAGAGAAAAAAUCCUCAAGGGAUUUUUCAGGCAGAGCCACCGCUAUUUAUCCUAACGGCGACACAUAUGAAGGCUAUUUCAGAGAUGGGAUCCGUGACGGUUAUGGCACCUAUAAGUACAGCACUGGGCAAGUCUAUGAAGGCGACUUCAGAGAAAAUUUAAAGCAUGGAGUAGGCAGGAUGGCUUAUGGCAAAAAAGGCCAUUAUAAUGGGUAUUUCGAAAGCGGAAAAAGACAUGGAGAAGGCGUUUUUAUGUACCCGAACGGCGAUACUUAUAGUGGAUGGUGGAAAGAUGGGCUUAAAGAAGGCAAAGGCACGUAUAUAUUUAAAGACACUGGAAUGAAGGUUAAAGGCAUAUGGCGGGCUGGCAGUUUGACUGAAGGAGUUUGGGAACUGCCAAGCGGAGUCUUGUAUAAAGGCAUUUUUGAAAACAAUAAACCAAAUGGAGAAGGACAGUGGGUUUUCACUAAUGAAAACGUGGUAGCAGGAGAAUAUAAACAGACAGUGAAAGAAGAUGAGGACGCUGCCCCUGAAGAAGAGGAAGAAGAAGAGGGGGAAGCAGCUAAAAAAAUCAAAGUUGAUGUCAAAUGGACAACCCAUAUCAAUCUUUACAACUCAGCUAUAGCAAUUAAUAGAGUUUUAUAG